GCCCAGGAGGCUUGGGCGCGCGCAGCCAGCCCCGGCUCGCCAGGCACCGAGGGACGCAGGCAGGGGCGGCCGCGGUGGCACGGGCGGCUGGGAGAGGGGCCUCCGCCCGCUCACCAUGGUGGAGAAACGCUUCUCCAAGUUCCUGCAGAAACUCGCCUUCUCGGGCGCGGGCCACCGGUACAAGCCGCUGGAGAGGGGCGAGUUGGACACCUUGAUUGGUGAACCAUGUGAGUCAAAAGCCAUUGAAAAAGAGAAGACGGUGGUAGCUUUGCCACCCAAGGAGGCGAGCAAAUGCCACAGAGAGGAUUUGGCCAAAGCCUUUUACGUGGACUUACAGAACGGGCUGUCGGAGUUCUCGGUGACGCAGCGCAGGCUGGUCCACGGCUGGAACGAGUUUGUCGCUGACAACAGCGAACCCGCAUGGAAGAAAUAUCUCGAUCAGUUUAAGAACCCGCUGAUCAUGCUGCUACUGGCCUCCGCCCUGGUGAGCAUCCUCACGAAGGAGUACGAGGACGCCAUCAGCAUCGCCUUGGCCGUGCUGAUCGUGGUGACCGUGGCCUUCAUCCAGGAGUACAGGUCGGAGAAGUCUCUGGAAGAGCUGACCAAGCUGGUUCCCCCCGAAUGUCACUGCAUCCGAGAAGGGAGGCUCCAGCACCUGCUCGCCAGAGACCUGGUUCCCGGAGACAUCGUGUCUCUCUCCGUCGGAGACCGCAUCCCCGCAGACAUCCGGCUCACGGAGGUCACCGACCUCCUGGUGGACGAGUCCAGUUUCACGGGAGAAGCUGAGCCGAGCAGUAAGACGGACAGCCCACUGACAGACGGAGGGGACCUCAGCACCCUGAGCAACAUCGUCUUCAUGGGGACCCUGGUGCAGUGCGGGAAGGGGCAGGGAGUCGUGAUCGGGACAGGGGAGAAGUCUCAGUUUGGAGAGGUGUUUAAGAUGAUGCAGGCUGAAGAGACGCCUAAAACUCCUCUACAGAAAAGCAUGGACAAGCUGGGGAAGCAACUGACGCUCUUCUCGUUUGGCAUAAUUGGCUUAAUCAUGUUCACCGGCUGGCUGCAAGGGAAGCAGCUGCUCACCAUGUUCACCAUCGGGGUCAGCCUGGCUGUGGCCACCAUCCCAGAGGGUCUGCCCAUCGUUGUCAUGGUUACGCUGGUGCUGGGAGUGCUGCGGAUGGCCAAGAAGCGGGUCAUUGUGAAGAAGUUACCCAUCGUGGAGACACUGGGUUGCUGCAAUGUCAUCUGUUCUGAUAAGACAGGGACUCUGACUGCCAAUGAAAUGACUGUCACCCAGCUUGUAACGUCUGAUGGGCUCCAUGCUGAGGUCAGCGGAGUUGGGUACAGCGGCAAAGGGACCGUCUGUCUUUUACCGUCAAAGAAAGUCAUUAAGGGGUUUUGCAACGUCUCGGUCGGGAAAUUGGUGGAGGCAGGCUGUGUCGCCAACAACGCAAUCAUCAGAGGAAACACCGUGAUGGGCCAGCCCACGGAGGGCGCCUUGGUCGCCCUGGCAAUGAAGAUGGACUUAAGCGACAUUAAAGAUUCAUACGUGAGAAAAAAAGAGAUCCCCUUCAGUUCGGAGCAGAAGUGGAUGGCAGUGGAGUGCAGACCCAAGAACGAGGAGCAGGAAGACAUUUAUUUCAUGAAGGGGGCCUUUGAAGAAGUGAUCCGUUACUGUACCAUGUACAACAACGGGGGCAUCCCCCUGCCACUGACGCCCCAACAGAGAUCCUUCUGCCAGCAGGAGGAGAAGAGGAUGGGCUCGCUCGGCCUGCGGGUGCUGGCCCUGGCUUCUGGGCCCGAGCUGGGAGCACUGACAUUUCUGGGUCUCGUCGGAAUCAUCGACCCACCGAGAGAUGGCGUGAAGGAAGCGGUACAGGUGCUCUCUGAGUCGGGCGUGUCUGUGAAAAUGAUCACGGGAGAUGCUCUGGAGACGGCCUUGGCGAUAGGAAGGAACAUCGGCCUGUGCAACGGGCAGCUGAAAGCCGUGUCCGGGGAGGAGGUGGACAGCAUGGAGCAGGACGAGCUGGCUGACCGCGUGCGGAAGGUGUCCGUCUUCUUCAGGACCAGCCCGAAGCAUAAACUCAAGAUCAUAAAGGCCUUGCAGAAGUCGGGGGCCAUCGUGGCCAUGACGGGGGACGGGGUGAAUGAUGCGGUCGCCCUGAAGUCGGCGGACAUCGGGAUCUCCAUGGGGCAGACGGGCACGGACGUUAGCAAAGAGGCCGCCAACAUGAUCCUGGUGGACGAUGACUUCUCAGCCAUCAUGAAUGCAGUGGAGGAAGGCAAGGGGAUUUUCCAUAACAUCAAAAACUUUGUCCGAUUUCAGCUGAGCACGAGCAUCUCGGCCUUGAGCCUCAUCGCUCUGUCCACUGUGUGCAACCUGCCCAACCCUCUCAAUGCCAUGCAGAUCCUAUGGAUCAACAUCAUCAUGGACGGGCCACCCGCGCAGAGCUUGGGGGUCGAGCCGGUUGACAAGGACACCCUCCGGCAGCCGCCGCGGAACCUCAAGGACACGAUCCUCAGCAGAGCCCUCAUCUUGCGAAUCCUCCUGUCGGCUGCCGCCAUCAUCAGCGGGACCCUCUUCAUCUUCUGGAAAGAGAUCCCUGAAGACAGGGCAAGCACCCCACGUACCACAACGAUGACUUUCACCUGCUUUGUGUUCUUUGACCUCUUCAACGCCCUGACCUGCCGCUCUCAGACAAAGCUGAUAUUCGAAAUCGGCUUCCUCCGGAACCACAUGUUCCUCUACUCGGUGCUCGGCUCGAUCCUGGGGCAGCUGGCCGUGAUUUACAUCCCACCCCUGCAGAGGGUCUUCCAGACAGAGAACCUGGGGGUGCUCGAUUUGUUGCUUCUGACCGGGUUGGCCUCGUCCGUGUUCAUUUUGUCAGAGCUGGUCAAACUAUGUGAAAAACUCUGCUCCAGAGCCAGGAAAGCCCGGGUUCCCCAAGAAGCCGUAUAGGGGCCCUGGCCCGUGGGAACCCCCUGAACCAUCUCUAUCUGCGCGUGACUGUGGCCCUGCCCCGGCCCCUCCUCAGAGGGCGUGUUCGGGCCGCCACAGCAUUAGGUCACUCCCUCAUGGUUCUUCUCGGAAAACCAGCAGGAAGCUCGGGUCACAUCCCCCCCGUCACUCUCCCGCGGGGCUCUGGGACAGACGGUGGGGAGCCCGCACAGAAACAGCUCGCUAUUUAUUAAACCAAUGCUUUUUAUUAA